AGUUAGGGGAACUCUUGUCAACACAAGAAGCGUCUAGCGGCUAGAAACGAGCAAUGCAACACACGUGUUCGUUGCCGAACAGGAAUAGGAAGUGCGAGGAGGACAGGAAGAAACAAAUCCACUUCUCAGAGCGACACAUAUGUUGCAAGCACAAACCACAGGGCAUGAUUCUCUGUCUUCUCACGGGUGCAGGUGCACCUGAAGAAGUUGCAAGCUGUCCGUCGGUUUUCUGAAGAGCUUCUGGUGCAUAAAAGAUGAGUGACUCACUGGAGAGCACCACAGACGACCACUUGCCUCUGAUUGGGAACGACUGCAGCCCAGAUGAGGAGAGAGAGAACCAGACAGGAGCAAGUGAGUUGUGCUGGGAAGAUGGGGGCCUACCUGUUGAGCUGCAGAGAGGCAUGGAGACCCUGCGAGUGAACAGUGAACUCACUGAUGUGAUACUGAAAGUGGAAGGACAUUGCUUCCCCUGCCACAGAGCCAUUCUUGCUGCUGCCAGUCAGUACUUCAGGGCGAUGUUUUGCAGUGGUCUGAGGGAGAGUCAUGAGGAUUGUGUGGAAAUAAAGGGGUUAGACAGCGGGACAAUGCGCUCUCUCCUGGAGUACACCUACACCAGCCGAGCCCUCCUCACACACUCAAAUGUCCAGAGAAUACUUGAGGCUGCAAGUCAAUUUCAGUUCCUGCGUGUGGUGGAUGCAUGUGCUGACUUUCUGAGCAAGUCUCUGCACCUGGAGAAUUGUAUCGGGAUCCUGAAUCUGGCUGAGAGUCACUCCCUGCCGGCCCUGAAGACCACGACUCAGGACUACAUCACCCGUCAGUUCUCCCAGGUGGUGCUGCAGCAGGAUUUCCUCGAGCUGCCGGCAGAGUCGAUGGAGACUGUCCUAAAGAGGGACGACCUUGGUGUGAAGUGUGAGGAGUGUGUGUUUGAGGCACUCAUGCACUGGGUGAGAGCCCGGCAGGAUGAACGCUGUCCUCUACUGGCCAUGUUGCUCUCGCAUGUGCGACUGCCGUUGCUGGAUCCGGCAUACUUUGUAGAAAAAGUGGAGCCGGAUGAACUGAUACGCCACUGCAGUGAGGCUUUUCCUUUGUUGCAAGAGGCCCGCAGCUAUCACCUCUCUGGCAGGGAGGUGGUCUCGGAACGAACCAAACCGCGCAUACGCCACUUUCUGUCAGAGGUGUUCUUGAUCAUCGGAGGCUGCACCAAAGACGAACGCUUCAUUUCCACUGUCACCUGUUUGGACCCACUUAGACGCAGCAGGCUGGAUGUUGCCAGGCUGCCGCUCACAGAGAUGGAGAACGAAACCCAAAACCGAAAAUGGGUGGAGUUCGCCUGCAUCACCUUCCGCAAUGAACUGUACAUAUCUGGAGGGAAGGAGACACAGCAUGAUGUUUGGAAAUACAAUGGUGCCCUGGACAAGUGGAUCCAAAUUGAGCCCCUGUCAACUGCGCGCUGGAGACACAAAAUGGCCGUCAAUGCGGGGAAGGUGUACGUGCUGGGUGGAUUCGAUGGAGUUCAGAGACUUGCCAGUGUAGAGGCCUAUGAUCCCUUUCAUAAUCGCUGGACACAGGUGACACCUCUCGCAGAAGGCGUGAGCUCCUUUGCUGCUGCAAGCUUUGACAGAUGGAUCUAUGUGAUUGGCGGCGGGCCGAACGGAAAGCUCGCAACUGACAAGGUUCAGCGCUGGGAACCGGGCACAGACUGCUGGGAACUGCAGGCACCAAUUCCCAUUGAAACCAAAUGCACUAACGCUGUAACAUUCAAGAACUGCAUCUAUAUAGUUGGUGGUGCCAUCCACGCCAUGUACUGCUACUCCCCUCUGUCUGACUCGUGGUCCCUUGUGACCCGUCUGGGGGAGAGGGCAAGCUGCGCCAUCGCUGCCUGUAACAACAAACUCUUCAUCACUGGAGGCCGAGAUAACAAAAACCAGGUUAUCUCUACAGUGAUGUGCUGGGACGUUGCACUAAAGGUGCUGACAGAGGAGUGUGUUUUACCCAUGGGAGUGUCGCACCACGGCAGUGUGACACUCAUGAAGUCCUACACACAAAUACUACUGUACACAAAGUAACGCCUGCUUCCAAGUGCCGAUGACCCAGGAAUCUGCAAAACAGGGCCAUGUUGUCGCUGAGAAUGUUUGUAAAAAUAAUGCAUUCAAAGUGAAUUAAAUAAAUGCUUUUACAUGCAUGACAA